UCUCCCCUCCAAAACUUCACUUCCCCAACUCUCCCUCUAACUUUCUCUCUGUAUAAUCUGUCCACAUACUAUAAUUCUUAUCAUUUUUUCACAAUUUUCACUUCCUUAAGCUCUGUGUAUUCAACAAAAUAUACAUUAAUGGAAAACCCAGAUUUUUUCCAAGGAAAUUAUGCCAAAAAUGGUGACCAUUUCAUCAUAGAAGACCCCCUAGACUUCCCAAAGGAUGAUGUUAUGCUCACUGAGGACACGUUUGAUUCAUCGGUCGGAGCCUCCACCAACUCAUCAGCCGCCACGGUGGUGGACGCCUCAUGCAACUCCUCAUUCUCCGGUAGUAGUACUACUACUGAACCUCAUUUCCCCGGAGGUAUUGGUGGCUGCCAGAGUUUCGCCGAUGAACAGUUCUCUAAUACUGAACUUUGCAUGCAGCAUGAUGAUUUAGCUGAAUUGGAAUGGCUAUCAAAUUUUGUGGAGGAAUCAUUUUCAAGUGAGGAAUUCCAGAGGCUGCAUCUAAUACAAGGCAUGAAGGCCCGAACUGAUGAACCUUAUGAAACUCGUUUAUACCAAUUUCAUCCUGAAACCACCACCACUACUAUCGACACCACCCCAAUGCUUAGGCCCCAAAUGCCGGUCCCCGCCAAGGCACGAAGCAAGCGCUCACGCUCCGCCCCUGGCAACUGGACGUCCCGUCUUUUAGCCUUGUCACCAACGCCACUUUCUAGUGUCCCGGCAAUGCCAGCCUCGUCAGAGUCUGAAAUUGCCGUGAACGUUGGCAAGAAACCAAUGAAGGCAAUGGCGAAGAAGAAAGAAGGUUCCAACACUGCAAUCACUGAAAAUGACAGUGAAGGGCGGAAGUGCCUCCACUGCUCCACAGACAAGACACCACAGUGGCGGACCGGGCCUAUGGGUCCAAAAACACUGUGUAAUGCAUGUGGAGUGCGUUACAAGUCGGGCCGGCUCGUCCCAGAGUACAGGCCGGCAGCAAGCCCUACAUUUGUGCUCACUAAGCAUUCCAAUUCACAUAGGAAAGUUUUAGAGCUGAGGAGACAAAAAGAACUCAGGAGGGCUCAUCAACACCAACAAUAUCCCCAUCAAAACAUUACGUUUGAUGUAUCCGACGGUGACGAUUACUUGAUUCAUCAACAUAUCGGGCCCGACUACGGGCAGCUGAUUUAGACAGACUACUAGAGUAAGUAGAGACUUUCGCUAAUUUUUUUCUGGUUAACUAAUUUUAUAGGUUAAAAUAUUUCCAACUUAUCGAAUUUUCUAGUAGUUUUUUACUUCUAAAUUAUCCCAAGAAGAAAAAGAAAAUGGAGGGAGGCAAA